AUGUGCUAUGUGAUAGUCACUGGUCGUAGUCUGCUAUGGACGCUGCUGUCCCUAGUGGCGCUAAUGGCGGUAUUAUCGGGCCUCAUCACUCCCAAAUGGCUCGUUGGUCCGCGGACGAUUAAAGAUACAAAGAACGGGUCGGAGUUGCACGUCCCGACAGUCGGUAUCUUCAAUCGUUGCAUCAGGCUGCACGGUAAGACACACUGCGCGAAUUUCAACGUGGACGGCUUCGCCACGGAUUCUAGCGUAUUUCCAGGCUGUUGGAAAGCUUCCUACUUCUUCCUGUCUCUUGGACUGGCUAUCAUGGCGAUCACGGUGCUCGCUGCUUUGGUUGGGUGUUGUAUACAGAGCAUUGGUCGAAAGAGUAUCUUCAACUUGGCCGGAGUGGCUCAGGUUAUCGCAGGAAUAUCGUAUCUAUUGGGGAUGAUCCUGUAUCCCGCUGGCUGGGGGGCGGAGAGGGUUCAGAGGAUUUGUGGUGCAGAGGCGGACGCUUUCUACCUCGCUGAUUGCACCCUUGGUUGGGCAUUCUACAGCGCCGUGAUAGGGGUGAGUCUGACCUUCGUCUGCGCGGUGAUCAGCGGCCAGGCGGAAAAGUCGACGGCCAGCGACAAGGUGCAGGACAAAAUGAACGAGGGCAAGACUUUGAUCUGUCUUGCGUGA